CCAACCAAUUCACCACCCACCACCUACCACCCACUACCCUCCCCCUCCUUCUCUCCUUCUCCGUAUAGCUCUCAAUCGGCCUCUGCCGGCCAGAGAGCAUACUCCAACCAUCACCAUGAGUCUCUCCCGCCCCGCCCGAUGCGUGUUCUGCAACUUCUCGCGACCAGCCUCGGCGGCUCCUCGCGUGGCUCGUCGCCAAUUCCAUCCUUCUCCCUUCCGACUGAACGACGCCCCCAAGCCGAAAGACUCUGAAGCUCCCGCUGCGCCCAACGCCAAGAAGUCUGCGAAGGAGGGCCGCCAGAUGACGUUGAACGAUAUCACGCGGACGAUGCGUCCCGAGUUCGUCAAGCGGUACACGGAGGAGGAAAAGGCGGCGCUGCAGGAAGUUUACAGCGCGAAGCAGAUGGAAGCGAUCCUGGCGGGCGAGGAGGCCAUCGACCCUAAAGACCUGGCCGACCAGUUUGGGGUCCGCUCCGACCCGAUGCGGCUGAAGUACCUGGACGACUUCUCCCACAUCGAGCCGGGAGUCGACAAGCACGUCCGCGCCCCCCAGAGCAACUCCGACUACCGGCAGCAACUCAAGAGCACGGAGGAAUUGGUGGCCGAUUUCGCCAAGUACAUCACCGAGCUGCCGGAGGACGCAGAUUCGGUGCACUGGAUCAACUUCCUCGAGACCAACCGGCUGACCGUGGGCAAGGAGGAGGCCGAACUCGCGCCGCACUCGGCACUGGCCCCGGAUCUCUUCCAGGCGGACGAACGUCUCGAUGAGGGCGUGGAGCUCAGCGACGAGGAGGCCGUGGUCAAGACGGAGUCCGGCGCAUCCGCCGAAGAGCGUCUCCGCCCGAGGGAUACGUUAGAGAAAUUCGAGCCCCCGCUGGCCCGCCUGAUCGAGUUCACAGGCCUCUCAUCAAAGUACAUCUCGAAUCUGAGCGUCAAGACCCUCGUUCAGCACACGGUCACGAACCAGACGCGUCUGGGUAAGGUGCAACGGUGGUACGUGCUGGCCAUCGCCGGCAAUCAGAACGGGGCGUUGGGUUUGGGCGAAGCCAAGUCCUUCGAAGCCUCGGAUGCCCUUAAACAGGCCCGAUACCGUGCGGUCCGCAACAUGAAGCCGAUCCUGCGGUACGAAAACCGGACUAUUUUCGGCGACGUGAAGGGCAAGGUUGGCGCUAUGGAUCUGGUGUUGAUGAGCCGUCCCCCUGGCUUCGGACUCCGCUGCCAGUCCCUGAUCUACGAGAUGUGCCGCGCAGCCGGUAUCUCCGAUCUCGCUGCCCGAGUCAACGGAUCCCGCAACAAGAUGAACACGGUCAAGGCGGCCUACGAGGCGCUCAUGUCGCAGCGUGACCCGGAGGAUGUUGCGCGGGGCCGGGGUAAGAAAUUGGUUGAUGUGCGCAAGGUGUACUACUCGGGCAAGUGGAAUUAAUUUUUCUGCGCCAUGGCGGUGUAUAUAAUGUUUUCGUGUCUUAUUUGGUGUCUCUUUGUGUCUGUGUCACUACCUUACCUCCACCCUUGUAUUUGUAUCCAGCAGCCUCCCUACGUUCGAUUACGAUAGAAGUGAGAUCAAUUUAUAUGCAGAAUUCC